AUGACGUUGAGUAUGAAACAAAUGUCGAUGAUCGUGUCUGCCUUAGGCGUAUUAUCGUUUCUUUUCGGAGUGGUCGCAGAGAACAAGAAGCCCGCAAAUGGAACACCAAUACAUGGAAAAGGAGUGGUUAUCUGCAAAUAUCCAUCUGAUCCAAGUGUUGCUUUAGGUUGCCUAUCAGUCGCAUUUCUCUUGUUAUGCACUAUAGCAGGAUACAAGUCAUUGUUCUUCUCUUACAAAGGAAAGUCUGUUCCCAAAUCUGUCUUGUUCAAAAGCACAAGUUUCUCUGUUUUCUUCAACAUUGCCUCGAUAACAUCUGGAUUUGCGUUGUUUAUGCUUCUAUGGCCAACUAUCACUGAGCAACUCCAUAUGACUCGUAACGUUCAUCGUAAUCUCGAAACUGAUUGUCCCACGGCUAAGACCGGUUUGCUCGGCGGUGGGGCGUUUUUGUCAUUGGACUCGUGCCUUUUCUGGUUGGUUUCUCUCAUGCUCGCUGACAAUGUUCGUGAAGAUCACUUGGAUGGAGUUGAAAGCAGAUACAGCGAUUGUAACUCUGAGGAGUUCGAUCUCAAUCUUGACGCAUACAUGAGAGGAUAA